CUGAAAAUGGUGCCCUGCAGCAUAGGUUUUGCAGUCCCUUUAAAAGACAUAGAUAACUCAACUUUUUUCAGAUGGGCAAGAUGGAGGAGGAAGAGCAUCUUCUGGAGAGCAACAAGCAAAACAGCCAUGGUGGCUUCAAGACCAUGUCAUGCAUCAUUGCAAAUGCAGCACUUGAGAAGGCAGCCACAUUUGGUCUGAAUGCUAAUAUGAUACUGUACUUGGAAAAUGAGUAUCAUAUGGGCUUAGUCACUGGCACAAAUAUAAUCACUUUGUGGACUUCAGCAAGCAAUUUCUUGCCUGUUCUUGGUGCUUUUCUUGCUGAUUCUUCUGUUGGUCGCUACUCGAUGAUCGCCUUUGGAGCCAUUGUUGGACUUCUGGGAACGAUUUCGUUAUGGCUAACAACCAUAAUUCCGCAAGCAAGGCCUCCUCUUUGCGGUGAUUCUACUACAUCAUGCAACUCCUCCACAACUUUUCAAGUGGUUUUCUUAUGUUUCUCUCUCGGACUCAUAUCAAUUGGCGCUGGGGGCAUCCGUUCAGCUUCAAUGGCCUUUGGUGCAGAUCAAUUAGUCCACGGAAAUAAUGAUAAUAAGAAAAGUUUGGGUGCCUUAGAAAGUUACUUUGGCUGGUAUUAUGUUGCUUCCUCGGUUGCAAUUAUCAUUUCCUUAACUUUUGUUGCCUAUAUACAAGAACACUUGGGUUGGCAAGUUGGUUUCGGGAUUCCUGCUGUGUUCAUGUUGUCAGGAGCCAUGUUAUUCUUUUCGGCUUCUUCAAUAUAUAUCAGAGUAAAGGAUAGAUCAAGCCUGUUCACCAGCUUCUUUCAAGUGAUUGUAGCAUCGUACAGAAACCGACAUUUUAUAUCAGCCUCAGAGGAAAAUAACGUCUACCAUCAUAAGAAGGAAUCAGCACUUGUUGUCCCAAGCGAGAAGCUUAGGUUUCUUAACAAGGCCUGUAUUGUGGGUGAUCCUGAAAGAUACUUGACUGCCAACGGAGACAUUCUGGAUCCAUGGGGUCUUUGUACAGUUGAUCAAGUGGAGGAGCUAAAAGCCGUACUCAAGGUGAUUCCAUUGUGGAUAACUGGAGUCCUAAUGUCUGUAUCCGUGAGUCCUGGAAGCAUAAUAUUAGUCCAAACAAUGGCCAUGGAUCGCCACAUCACAUCAAGCUUUGAAAUCCCAGCAGCAUCGCUAAGCAUCUCUUUUUUCAUUUCUUGUGUCUUAUCUGUUGUUUUUUAUGACCGGAUAAUUGUUCCACUAGCAUCAAAAUUAAAGGGAAAAUCUUUUUGUUUCACCUCCAAACUGAAAAUGGGGAUUGGAAUUCUCAUGUCUAUCUUAUUCAUGGCUGUCUUGGCAUUCAUAGAAUAUACACGACGAGGAAUUGCAAUUCAACAAGGACUAGUAGACAAUCCAGAAGUCACGGUAAACAUGUCAGCUCUGUGGCUUAUACUACCGUACUGUCUAAUGGGAAUCGGAGAGGCCAUGAACUCUAUAGGCCAAUAUGAGUUCUUUUACUCGGAGUUCCCUAAAAGCAUGUCAAGCAUAGCUGCAACUCUCCGUGACUUAUCAAUGUCAGCCGGAGGCUUGCUAGCAACUGUAAUGCUGAACAUCAUCGAUCAGGCUACGAGUCGAGGAGGGAAGCCAAGUUGGAUAUCCAGCAACAUAAACCAGGGUCACUAUGAUUACUUUUACUUGGUCAUUGCUGGACUUGGGAUUAUCAACAUGUUAUAUUAUCUUCUUUGCAGCUGGGCUUAUGGUCCUUGCGAAAUGGCUGCAGUAAAGGUUCCUCAGAAACAAGAUGAAAUAGUUCAUGACUCAUGUAGUUAGUUCAAGAGUAAGAACCUGCUUAUUCCAUGUAUUCUAUACUAGAAAAUUUAGUUAUUCCAGACUAUUUAGUAAUGACCCUAUAUACACUAGAAAAUUUCCGGGCUAA